UAACCCUCCUCUCCUCGGUGUCCAAUCCCCACUCCGGAGGGUUUAGGGUUUUAGGGUUUUGAGCUUUCUCUCUGGGAUUUCGUUGAAUUGAUGAAGCUUCAAUCCGUUUCCACCUGCCAUUCAUGUCCUCCAGUAUCUCUCAGAAGUUUUGAUCCGAGGAGGAAUGGCGCUGUUCUGAUUCUCAAAUCCAGCAACUCCUCCAUUCGUUUCUCCAUCAAAGGAAGAUUCAGAAAGGGGAGGGCUAUGGCUUACCUUCCCAAUUCCGAUGCCUCAACGCCCAUUCCCGACUUGAAGACCAGCAAUGGCGUCCCCAGUCCUGAAGCAUCCCCAAGGCCUGGAAUGGUGGGUAUAGAGCCACUUAGAGGGAAACCAGGGUAUGUUUCAUUCUCUGGAUUGAGUUACCAGAUGCUGGAAGAGAGUGAACUGGUUUCUUCUCCUUUUAAAGAGGAUGCUCGAUCUUUCGUUUGGGUUGUUGGUCCUGUUGCUUUGAUUUCAUCCUUGCUGCUACCACAGCUCUUUCUCGGCAAUGCCAUCGAUGCUUUCUUGCAGGAUCCGAUCCUUGCAGAAAUUGUCACAUUAUUGUCCUCGGAAAUCAUAUUCUAUUUCGGGCUAGCCACAUUUCUCUCGGUAACAAAUCAUGUCCAACAGCCAUACCUAGAGUUUAGCUCAAAGCGAUGGAGUCUUAUUACAGGGCUAAGGGGAUACUUAACAUCAGCCUUCUUCACCAUGGGUCUCAAGGUCUUGGCUCCUCUUUUCGCCGUCCUUUGUUUCUGGCCACCUCUCGGCCUGGCAUCUGUGAUCGCAGUGGCGCCAUUUCUUCUUGGAUGUGCCGUGCAGUGUGCAUUUGAGAUGUACCUCGAACAACACAGAUCAUCCUGUUGGCCACUUUUACCGAUAAUAUUCGAGGUGUAUAGAUUGUAUCAAUUAAACAGGGGAGCACAUUUCCUCGAAAAGUUGUUGUUUUCAAUGAGGAAUGCUGCUGUGACUCCUGCAAUGGUGGAGAGAAGUGGAGCUUUGCUUUCCAUGGUGAUGGUUUUCCAGCUUCUUGGUAUUGUUUGUCUGUGGUCAUUGACUACUUUUCUUUUAAGGCUUUUCCCUUCUAGACCUGUAGCUGAAAACUAUUAAUUGCAAACUUUAUUCUCUUUACUCUUGUUCUUGCCUCCUUUUAAAUACAAUUUGUUACUAAUAUUUGGAUGAGAAUUAAGGGUGGAUUUUUAUUCA